CAGACCCCCCGGACCCCCCAGCCCCCCAUGCCGCUGGGCCUGGGCCGCCGCAAGAAGCCGCCGCCGCUGGUGGAGAACGAGGAGGGGGCCGGGGGUCGCGGGGGGGCCCCGGGCGAGGCCGGGGGGGCGGCGGGGGGCGCGGGGGGCGCCGCCCCUCCCCCGGCGGCGCUGCGGCCGCGGCUCGUGUUCCACACGCAGCUGGCGCACGGCUCGCCCACGGGCCGCGUGGAGGGGUUCAGCAACGUGAGAGAGCUGUACGGGAAAAUCGGGGAGGCCUUCGGGAUCCCCCCCAGCGAGGUGCUGUUCUGCACGCUGAACACGCCGCAGGUGGACAUGGAGAAGCUGCUGGGGGGGCAGAUCGGGCUGGAGGAUUUCAUCUUCGCGCACACGCGCGGCCGCCAGAAGGACGUGCAGGUGCUGAAAUCCGAGGAGGCGCUGGGGCUGACCAUCACUGACAACGGGGCUGGGUACGCCUUCAUCAAGAGGAUCCGCGAGGGCUCGGUGAUGGCGCGCACGCCCCAGGUCGAGGUCGGGGACGUGCUGGAGGCGCUGGACGGGCAGAGCCUGGUGGGGGCGCGGCACUUCGAGGUGGCACGGAGGCUGCAGGAGCUGCCCCGCGGGCACCGCUUCAGGCUGAGCCUCACCGAGCCCAGACGGGCCUGGGAGGGGAUCGGGCCGCGCUCGGGGGGCUCUCGGGGCGCUGCCCCCCAGGGGGGUUGGGGGUCCCGGGGGACGCUGAGGCUGCGCUCGAGGGGCCCGGCCACGCUGCAGGAGCAGCCCUCGGCCUUCGAGGAGCGCGCGGUGGCCAAGGUGGACGAUCUGCUGGAGAGCUACAUGGGCAUCCGGGACAGCGAGCUGGCCGCCACCAUGGUGGAGCUGGGCCGCGACGCGCGCGAUCCCGACGCUCUGGCCGAGGCUCUGGACUCGCAGCUCGGCGAUUUCGCUUUCCCCGACGAGUUCGUGUUCGACGUCUGGGGCGCCAUCGGGGACGCCAAGGCGGGGCGCUGCUAGGGGCUGGGAGCCCCCCGGGGAUUGGGGAGCCCCUGGGGAUUGGGGAACCCCCCCCGAGACUGGGGAACCCCCCCCGAGAUUGGGGAACCCCCUCCUGGGACUGGGGAACCCCCGAUCAGGGACCCCCUUUGAGGACCCCCCCAGGAUUGGGAAUCCCCCCCCCCCCCCUUCAUGACUGGGGACCCUCCCAUUGGGGACCCCCCCAGAACUGGGGACCCCCCAACUUUGGGGGUCCUCUUGCAAUGCUUACCCUGGGUGGGGCCCCCCAUGGUUGGGGAACCCCCCCCCAAAAAAUCUGCUGGACCCCCAAAGUGCCCUGAGGACCCCCCUCCUCUCAGGACCCCCCUGGACCUGCUGGGUACCCCCAAAUUCCAAACCCCCCAGAUUUCCUGUACCCCCCGCUUGGACCUGGGUACCCCCAAAUCCGAAGCCCCCCCCCCCCUCCACCACGGAGACCCCCCAAAGCUUUUGGGGGAAACCCAUCCCCCCCCCCAUUUUGGGACCCCUCUAUUUUUGGAACCCCUCCCCCAACACUCCUGGGCCCCCCCUGGGACACCACUGCCCCUCCCCCCCCACGGGGCGUUUUGGGGGGGGUGGGGCCCCCAAAUACGGGAGAGACCCCCCCGGUGCCAAUCUGAGCCUGUCACUGUCACUGUCACCCCGGGAUAUUUUUGUAUUUUCGUGGAAAAGAUUUGAACAUAAAAUGGAGA